AUGAUCAUCAGAGAUAUCAGAGACGUAGUCAAGCCCGGCGCGUCGUUCCAGUUCGUAUGGGGCGACGUGGACGACCGGAUCCCCGAGCAGGUCAACUUCUGGCUCACGCACUACACAGACGACGGGAGCGGACACAUCGACCCCGUCAAGCUGAACGAUCGCCCCGUGAAGCCGAGGAACCAGGACUCCCUAACCGUGGACGCCGAUACAACCCGCAAAUUCGUCUGCGCACCCAACUACCGGAUCUGGUGCAUGAAAGUCGAGUCUGACCCAGAGAACGAUAAGAGCCCCUUCUGCGAGUCCCCCGGCUUUAGGGUCAUGUGCAGUCGGGAUUAG